UCGUUACCUUCCCUGUCCUACUAGAGUUCCCAUACUAGCGGAUUUUGUGUGGGGAUGGUAAAAUUAUAUCAUCAUUUAUUUUAAAAGGUACACUAUACACCUGUAUGAUCUAUUUAGCAUUCCUUCAUUAUUUGGUGUGAAUAUGAGUUAUUCAUAGCAGAAUUGUUAAUCAUGAAAAUUGAACCGUUAAAGACAAUUUAAAGACAUAAACAAAGGUUGAAAAAAAAAAAAUCUCGCACACAAUUGAUGGAAGAAAAGGACAGUUACUUGUACAUGUACAUAUACAUUUUGUGACUAAAUCAUAUAAUGAAUGCAGAAUGCUAAUUUAUGCAAGCAGAAGAUGGAAUCAUCAGUACUGCCUUAUACAUGUGUAUACAUAGAUGCCAAAUGGAAGGAUAUUGGAUACAGUAUUGCCCAAUGUGCCAAAGUUCACAGAGACCGAGACAAAAUCAUUGGUCAGCUAAAGACCAUGUGGUUAAAUCCGUCCAAUCAAAAUCAUGUUUUGCCUUGCCUUUCAGUCAGAACUGGAUUAGACUUGUUCCUGAGGGUCAUGAACUAUCCUCCUGGCUCAGAGAUUAUAAUGUCAGCAAUAAACAUACCUGAUAUGGUGUAUAUAGUUAAACAUCAUGGUUUAAAGGUGAUUCCAUUAGAUGUACACAUAGAGACAACAUCUCCAAAAACCAAUCUUUUAGAGGCUCUUAUAAGUGAUAAAACAGUGGCCAUUAUGGUCGCUCAUUUGUACGGGAAAUGGUCAGAGAUGGAUGCAAUCAUUAGUACCGCUAGACGAAAAAAUAUACAUGUCAUUGAAGAUUGUGCAGAAACAUUUUGUGGUUUCGAAAAAAUUGGCCAUCCUGAAAGUGAUAUAGCACUAUUUAGCUUUGGCGUAAUAAAAUACUACACAGCAUUUGGUGGCGCCAUUGCAAAAGUCAAAGAUGAAAAAUUGUAUCAGAAAAUGUGUGAUUUAUAUUCAAAAUAUCCCAUGCAAUCACAAUUUGUUUAUUUCAAGAAACUUUUCAAAUAUUGUUGUGCUUACGUUUUACUUGACUGCCCGAGCGUUAUUCAUCCUUUAAUGGUUCUGACACGAAAAUUUAACAUAGAUCAUAAAAAAUAUGUCAUUAAAAUGUUACGAGGAUUUCCUGAUCAUUUGAUUGAAAAAAUUCGACAUCAACCAUCUACAGCUCUGUUAAAAACUGUGUUUUAUAGACUUUCAAAUUUUGACAGAAAUGAUUUUAGGACCUGCUCUUUAAAAGGGGAAUAUGUGAAGGAGCGACUUCCUGAGAGUGUGACUUUGGUUGGAUCACAGGCAGAAAUCAACAAUUACUGGUUAUUUCCAAUAUUAGUGGAUAAUGCAGAUACCUUUGUCAAUCUACUGCAUGCUAUGGGUAUAGACGCUUAUCGUGGUGCCACACAGGUCAACAUCAUUGAACCGGAGAAGUGGAAUCCUUACUUAGAUUAUUUUGCACCGUUAGUCAACUAUUACCCACAGGAAGCUCGCUACCUGCUGGAUCAUGUGGUUUAUCUACCUAUUAAUAAAUCUGUACCAUUCAGUGUUCUAGAUCAGAUCUGUCGAGGGGUUGAAGAGGCUGAAAAAUUGACCAAAAAGAGUGUUAAUGUUAGAAUUCAGUCAAAAUUAUGAUGAUUUUUACUACUGUUAGAAUUUAAAGUCAAUGCAAUUAGGUUUUUACUAAUGUUAAAAUUUGGUAAAAUGUGUGAUGUUUUUACCAAUGUUAAAAUUUAACCAAUACAUUGUACAUGUACUAUAAUGCUUUUACGUAUGUAAAAAUUCAGCCAAUACAUACAUAUAUAUAAAUGUUUAAAUACAAUCAAGACCAUAUUGUUUUACCAUGUUUGAAAAUGUUAGAAUUUAGUCAUAACCAUGAUGAUUUUUACUGAAGUUAAAAUUCAGUGAAUGAUAUUUUUACUAAUGUUACAAUCCAGUUCUUAACAUGCUUAAUAUAAUAUUGGAAUCUAGUAUGGUGUGUGAUAUUGUUUAGAAUUCAAUCAAAUUUAUUAUUAUACCCCCACUUUAAAAAAGUGGGGGUAUACUGUUUUACCUCUGUCUGUCCGUCCGUCCGUCCAAUGAAUAUUUUUUGUCGCAUCUUUCUCAGGAACUACAUCAUAAGGAUUUCUGAAAUUUGGUUUCAGGGUUUAUAUAAGUCAGCUAUACCGUGUGAUGCGUUUUCAGAUUCAUCACUCAACAACUUCCUGUUAACCGAACACUUACAUAUUUUUACACUAUUAGAAUUAUCCAGUUGUGGCGGGGGUAUCAUCAGUGAGCAGUAGCUCACAGUUUCACUUGUUUUUUGAUGGCAAAGAUUGCAUAAAAUGAAAUAAUAAUCAUUAUGUCACUAAGGCUUGAUAACAAUAUUUUCCAGGCCUCAUAUCUACCUUUGGGACUGCAAUCAACACAAUCAUGACAAUGCAGCAAAUAAAUGAUCAGUGAAAUUCAUGCUCGUUUUCCUUAUAAAGACAUUUAUAUUUUAUCCUUCAAGGUUGAUUGUCAUUGAAAUGUUGGGAGACAAUUACAACUAUGCACAACACCAUCUUAAGAAUUACUAUGGGUUCAUUUAUUUUGGUGGGUAACCAAUUUUUUGUUGAUUGAGGAAAAAUUCAAUUUUUGUGUAUAUUUUAUUUCAUGAUUUUGCCAAUUUCUUACUAUGCAGGCCUUAAGCAAUUUUUUUUAUAUUUUUGAACAUUUUAAUUUGUGGUUUAACUAUACCCAUUGUUAUUCCAAGAAUAGUAAUGAUUCUACAGUAAAUCUAGUUUUCUUAACAAUGGUAGUUUACAUAUAUUUAAAAUGUUUUAUAUCACUUACAUUUUAGUUAUGACUUAUAUUAUGAUUGUAUAAGGCUGUUUUUAAAUUAUCUUAAGAUUCAAAAUGCCACAACGAGUUUUUAUAUUUUGUAAAAACAACAAUUAAAAGUGAAUUAUGUAUGUCAUGUAUGUGAUUUGCCUUGCUAUUCAUAGCUUAGUAUUUGAAUUCGUUUUUUUUCUAAAUGACCUGUUAAAUGUUAACUUCUUCAUUUAAUUUGGUCUCUGGUGGAGUGAUGUCUCAUUUGCAACCACGUUUUUUAUAUUCACACCUCUGUUGUUUUUGAAAUCAAAAGCUUUAUAAUUGGCAAGUUUUUUUUUGCAGUUGUGUAAGGCUUUUAGCAUGUUUAGCAGAUUGAACGAUUUGAUGAUGAAUCUCAAAACAUAAAAGUUUAUGUUUAUUACACCUCCUUUGAAAAUACCAUUUAAAGAUCAAUAUCUUAUAAAAGAUUACAGAACUAGGAUGAUUUUAUUAUUGAUUAUUUGUUAUCAGGGCCUCAGUGGGUGAGUAAUUCUAAGUAGUUCAACUUCUGUGUCACCAGCCUGUCAACACUGAGGUUGUGAGUUCCAAUCCCCCACUUGGCAGGUGUGUUCCACUCCAAUCUUAAUUGACUAGGAUUGUCAGUUUUCUUACCGAAGGUGCGUGGUUCACUCGAGCACUCCUGAAUCCUACACCAAUAAAAACUGACCACCACAAAAUAGCACAAUAGUGCUGAAAGUGGCUUUAACACCAAUCAAGUAAUCAAUUACUAGUUACCAUGGUUAUGUUUUGCAAAGAUUACUCUUUUGUUGGAAAGCUUUUAGCAGAUAAAAUUGUUUGAUGAUGAAUCUCAAAAUAUUGAAUUUUAUAUCAAUUACACCUGGUUUAAACAUACCAUCUACUCAAAGAUAAUUUUUAGAACAUUGUUCUCUUGAUUUGUUCAAGGUUGUAUACUGUAUACAUUCCCCAUUUCCAUUCUCAAUUUUAUGUCUGUCAUGAUAAGGGCUAUUCGAUUAAAACAAAUAUGGGAGGGUUGGAAGGGAAUUUUUAUGUUUCGACAUAGGUCAUAGUUGUUUAUGGAUGUCCUUUAAGGUGGCUGGGGCGCCUUAAUUAAAAUUGAUAGAAUUUUUUGAUAAUUUGUCAAAAUGAAGUUUUUAUCAUGCUUUUUUCAAAAAUAUAAUAAAAAGUAUGGGUCACCGAACUUUUUUUCAAGCUAGAGGUUGUGCAAAAUUGUCAGAUUUUGUAUAGAUUAUGCAUUGGAAAAUCAAAUUUUGUGUGAUAAAAAGAAAACUACUUGAUAGAACUUUAAGAUAAAAUGUGAGAAGAUAGCUCUUAUAAGAUGCUUUCAGAUAAGAAAAAGAAAAAAUAGGGUCACUGAACUUAUUUUCUUGCUACAUGUUGGUUGUGAGGAGAUUUUGGAAGCCUCUUUUUACCCUCCCACAUUUCUUUUAAUGUAAUUGUCCUAAAAAAAAAUUCAGAUGAAAUUGAUCUUUACAGAACAUCUGUCAAACUUUGUUUUGUCAAGUAUGCAGUCCAUUUUCUAAUCUGUAAAAGAUAAUGGUAGUGUUUUUAAAUGAUUUGUAAACUACAUGUAGAACAAUCUGUUACCAGUUAAUUUGUGUGGUUAAAUUCUUGCCAAAUUACACUACAUUUGAAAAUAAUUUUGAAAUUUCUAAUUACAAAUCAGCAUAUAUGUUUGCACUAUUGGCAACUAAUUACUUGGUAACAUUGAAUGGAUUUCUAUUAUUGUAAAUUCAGAAAUUAUUGUGUUGUUUUUAUUAUUGCAAAAAAUGCGAACAGGGUUAUAAUCGCAAUAAUUUAAACUCUCAUUUUGAAAUUUUUUAUAUGAAUUAAACAGGAUUUUUCUCAAUAUCGCAAAAUUUAAAAUUGCAUUUUAGUCUAAAAUGACAAGAUCACAAUAAUGAAUACAAACAAUAAUUUCUGAAUUUACAGUAUUGUAAUAGAUCAGCAGAUUUUUCUAUCAACCUCAACAUUUAAAAAUAAAGAGAUGAAAAUAAGUUGAUGUGGUAUGGUUGCCAAUGAGACAACUAUCCAUCUUAGUCCAAACUGAAGGUCACAGUACUUUCUUCAACAACAAGCAAUCCCAUAUUAUAUAUUCCGCUUUAAAAGGCCAACCAUGACAUAAUGUGAAAAAUUUCAUAUGAGAACACCAACAGCCUUCUUUAAGACAUAACAAUAAAAGAAAACAAAUAUGACCGACGGCUACCAAGGUAGCUAUAUAGACCACUAAAUAACAAGCUCCUGACUUCGGAACACUCAAAUUUAUAUUGCUUAAUGCAUAAAACGUCUAUCUACAAAUUUGAGUUAAAUAUAGAAAUUCAAUUCUUUUUAAUUUAGAUAACGGUUGGCGGAUUGCAGAAUCUUUUUAUGUUGAUUUGUAAUUAUGUAAUGAAUUUUCGAUUGUAUUUUUAAACACAAUAGAUUUUUAUUUGUAAUUAUGUAACAAUUUUCUAUUAUAUUUUUAAACACAGUAUAAAUUUAAGUUCUGUUCAUUUGUUUCUACAUAAGGAAAUGCCUGUACCAAGUCAGGAAUAUGACAGUUGUUUUCCAUUCGUUUGAUGUGUUUGAGCUUUUGAUGUUGCCAAUUGUUAAGGGACUUUCUGUUUUGAAUUUUCCUUGGAGUUCGGUAUUUUUGUUGUUUCACUUUUUUUGAAACUAGGUAAUGAAUUUUCAGUUGUAUUUUUGAAUACUGUGUAAAUUUAAGCUAUAAAAUAUUUUUUUUCUCAAUGUUGUAUAAAUCAGAAUAUUAUUUAGUUAUCUUUCUUUUAUAUUUUUACAUGUGCACUAAAUAUAUUUUAUAUUUUGCUUUUUUUUCCUCCACAGAUAAGUGUUAAAAAUUGGACACUGUCAUGUCAGCACUAUAAUAUUAAGUAUAUAGGAAUUUUAACUGUAUGUAGUCAGCAGCAGUUUUACAUGCUUCAUACUCUAUGCCAAAAAUAUUGCCUUCGGAUACUGCCAACUUCAGAUUUCAUUGAAAGCCCUGUAGCUAUAAAUAUAUAUUAGGUGACUUAUUAGGUCCAAUGGAGUGGGUGUAACAUUGACUAUGUGAACGUUGUGAUUGUGCUAUAUUUGAUGAAUCAUGUUCACAAGUCAAUUAAUAAUCAAAAUUACUUACUUACUUAUUUAUCUUUUUACCAUUUUUAGAGACAGUGUUUAAUAAAAUAUUAUACAAUGUAUUUAUACUCACAGGUGAGACAUAUCUCUGUAUCAACAGUUUAUAUAUGUAUUAUCAAAGAAAAUGUGAUAAUCUGAAAACAUAUAUUGGGUGAUGUAAUAUUUUGUCUUUAAGACAUAUUAGAAGAUUAGGUUUAUAUUAAACAUUGUUAUCUACAAUAGUCAGAGUAUGUAUAUAGCCUUUUUCUCAUGUUAUAUUUGUCAGUGCCAAUUGGUAACCCCGAAUAAUUCAGUCCCUCCCCGUGAUCGACUCUCCCACUCGCGAGGGCCUGAAUUCUUUAUACAAUAAAAACGCGUCACGAAUCCAGGAUUUUGAUUGGUGCUCUCUGUGAGAGAGCGCCAAUCAGCUAAUAGCUUAAUGUUCCGAGCUAAUUCCGAAUGAAUAUUUGACGAUUUUUAAUUGACAAGGCCUUCAGGCGUUAAUGUAGCCAUCGUAGAGCAGUGGAAUAUAACGACUGAAUUAUUUGGGUUAUGCCAAUUGAAGAGGAACAUAUGGUUUACAACAACUAAAGAAUGCUUUUUGAAUUCUGACGAAUGUUUAACUCUGUGUUACAAUUUGAGCUUCCUAACAAUGAUGAAAAUUUUCAAAUUAGUUGUUCCAAAGAAUAAAUUGGACUUCAGUUGUAAAAAAAACUAGGCAAUUUUUCAUGUCUGCUGAUAAUUCUAUUUUUUCUCUGACUGAAUGAUAUGAAAUUUUUUGACAAUGUCACUACUAAAACUAACACAUCUCAAUGUAAGCUCCCCUUUGAUUUUGAUGAUUUUGAUGAUUUUCUGAUUACUUAUUCCAGAAAUAUUUAACUUUGAUUUUCAGAUUUAUCAUUCCAGAGUUGUAGAACUUUUAUUUUCAGAUUUAUCAUUCCAGAGUUGUGGGACUUUAAUUUUCAGAUUACUCAUUUCAGAGUUAUGGGAUUUCAGUCAUAAAAAAACAUAGGCAAUUUUUCAUAUGUCUCAAGGCACAGGAAACUUGUAGGACAAUCAUCAAAAUACUGUUCACGCCUUUAAAAUUUAUAAACCUAAAAUGAAUGUUUUCUAGUGGCACACUUUUGUCUAGUUUAUUGCAUGUGAACCCAGCAAGUUGCAGUUGCAAGCAAAUUGCCAUGUCUUGCACCUUACUGUGCCAAGUACAGUUAGGUUUUCUUUUUGUCCCAGCGUAACGCGUUGCGGGGGACAUGGAAAUACCUGGCGUCUGUCCAUGUGUUCGUCUGUACGGUCUUGUUAGUGCUCUCACAGGUACACUUCUUGCCAGAUUUUUAUAAAAUUUAUAGUAUAGGUUAAUAUCAGCAAUAUCUCGGACAAGUUCUAUAAUGGUGGACGAUCGACUUUUUAAAAGAGUUAUGCCCCUUGGAAAAAUUAAAUUUAUGGAAAAUGGCCUCAUUAGCGCUCUCACAGGUACAAUUCUUGCCUGAUUUUUAUAAAACUUAUACUAUAGGUUAAUAUCAGCAAUAUCUCUGACAAGUUAGAUAAUGGUGGACUAUCGACUUUUUAAAAAAGAGUUAUGCCCUUGGAAAUUUUAAAUUUAUGGAAAAUGGCCUCUUAAGCGCUCUCAGGGGUACAAUUCUUGCCAGAUUUAUAUAAAUUAUACUAUAGGUUAAUAUUAGCAAUAUUUCUGACAAGUUCUAUAAUGGUGGACAAUCAACUUUUUUUAAAAGAGUUAGCCUCUUGGAAAUAUAAAAUAUGUGCAACGCGGGGGACAUUGGAACUCUGUUCUUUUAUUUUUCUCUUUUUUUAACAGUUUGGUUUUCAAACAAUAUUUUCAUACAGUAAAUUCACAAAAUAAUAUUAUGUCUUUUUUUAUAAUGUGAAAAGUUAAAAGGGUUUCAGAUCACAUUAACAUUUGAAUUUCAAUUAUGUAUUUUGCAAUUAAAAUAUCUCUGAUUUGUAUUUAUAAAAAUGCACAUUUCAGUCCACUUUUGUCGAUUCAAAGUUUCUAGCAUCAACUUCUGAUUUUACAAUUAUUUGUUAGUUUCCUUGUCAACCUGCUUCGUGUUCUUAAGUUGUAUAUUGUGUGUCAGAGCUUUUUAUUCUGAUAUACAGAAAAGGGUCAAGACAGAUUUUUUUUUUUAAUGUUGAAUCUACCUGAAUAUGCAUGAAAUAAAUGCCACUGAACAUUAAACAAGCAACAAUCAAUCUGUUGUGCAUCCAAGUUAUAUAUUAUGUGCACAAUUGAUGUCCAUGCUUCAUGUUUCAAUUUUUAUUAGUAUUUUUAUAAUUGUAUGUAAAGAAAAGUACUGGUGUUUUUUGUACAUAAGAUUUAUUUAAUAUGUUAUUAUAUUCAAGAUCUAUUCAUUUUUAAAUUCUAAUAAAUAGAUUUGGGAAAUAAGCGACAAA